GGCUGUGACGGUUGGGUUUGGCCGCAUCCGGGGUUUCUCUGUGCCGAGAUCGGGUCGGUGGGUGCCCCGGCUUCUGGCCUGCGUCGUGCCCCGCGGCGCAGCGCGGCGUGUGGUCAGCAGCCCCACCUUCUCUCCCUGCUCCGGGCGGAGCCACCGCAGCUUUUUCUAGCUACGCAGGCAGAGCUCGGGAAGGAUGGAGAGGAGCCGGUCGCGGCGUCCCCACCAGCCGCACGGCCUGGCCGGGGCGCCCUCCUCGUCCUCGUCGUCCUCGUCCUCGUCCUCGUCCUCGUCCUCGUCCUCGUCCUCGUCCUCGUCCUCGUCUUCAUCCCGUGGUGGCCGGGACAUCAAACCGCAGCGGCGGAAGGGCCACGCGCCGGGCCCCGCACCCACGGAGAAGCCCGGGGAGAAAAGAGCCAAGUUUCAUUUAAAUAUUAGGACACUGACUGAUGAUGUGUUGGACAAAUUUGCCAGCAUAAGAAUUCCAGGAAGUAAGAAAGAGAGACCUCCAUUACUUAACCUGAAGCACACAUUUUCCUCAAGCACUGAUUGGCCUUCAACAUCCUCAGACAUGAUGGAAAAUAAUCCUAGACCACUGUCUGAGAAAGAACUCCUGGUACUUUUUGAAAAAAUGAUGGAAGAUAUGAAUUUAAAUGAAGAUAAAAAGGCACCAUUGCGGGAAAAGGACUUUAGUGUCAAAAAAGAAAUGGUGAUGCAAUACAUGAAUACUGCUUCUAAGGUGGGAUGUCUGAAGAGUAGCCGGCAAAUAUCACCACAGGAAUUCAUCCAUGAACUGAAAAUGGGAGCUGCGGACGAAAGACUUGUUACAUGCUUAGAGUCCCUUCGGGUGUCUUUAACCAGUAAUCCUGUCAGCUGGGUGGAAAACUUUGGACAUGAAGGUCUUGGGUUAUUGCUGGAUAUUUUGGAAAAACUGAUUAAUAACAAAAACCAGGCAAAAAUUGUGAAGAGGAGUCAGCACAAAGUCAUACAGUGUUUGAAGGCUUUGAUGAACACAAAGUAUGGUUUGGAAAGAAUUAUGGGAGAAGAAAAGUGUCUAUCAUUAUUGGCCAAGGCCAUGGACCCCCAGCAAGCCAACAUGAUGGUGGAUGUUGUUAAACUUCUUUCUGCAAUAUGUAUUGUUGGAGAGGAAAAUGUCCUUGAAGAAGUUUUAGAAGCCUUAACAACAGCUGGAGAAGAAAAAAAAAUUGAUAGGUUUUCUUCCAUUGUAGAAGGUCUUCAGGAAAAUUCUGUUCAAUUGCAAGUAGCUUGUAUGCAACUUAUCAAUGCCCUUGUAACAUCUCCUGAUGACUUAGACUUCAGACUUCACAUCAGAAAUGAGUUUAUGCGUUGUGGAUUGAAACAAAUACUGCCUAAUUUGAAACAUAUCAAAAGUGAUAGUCUAGAUAUCCAACUUAAAGUAUUUGAUGAACAUAAGGAGGAAGAUUUUGUUGAGUUCUCUCAUCGUUUAGAAGAUAUCAGAGCUGAACUAGAUGAAGUGAAUGAUGUUUACAAUAUGUUAUGGAAUACAGUGAAGGAAACCAGAGCAGAAGGAUAUUUUCUUUCUAUACUUCAGCAUCUUUUGCUCAUCAGAAAUGAUUAUUUCAUACGACCACAAUAUUUCAAAUUAAUUGAAGAAUGCAUAUCUCAGAUAGUAUUACACAGAGAUGGAACAGAUCCUGAUUUUACAUAUCGAAAAAAACUAGAUGUUGAUUUAAGACAAUUUGUAGAUGUUUGUGUUGAUCAAGCAAAACUAGAAGAACUUGAAGAAAAAGCAUCAGAAUUUUCCAGGAAAUUUGAAAAAGAAUUUACAGUUCACCAAGAAACUCAGUCCCAAUUACAGAAAAAAGAAGAGAAGAUCACUGAGCUCCAAGCAGAGUUACAGGCUUUUAAAUCCCAGUUUGGGGCUUUACCACCUGGUUCAAAAACCUCUUUGCCGCAGUCAACAGGAGAUAUAACUGGUCACCAAUUACCUCCACUACCAUCCCUGACACAGGGUGGAGGUGUGCCUCUACCACCACCACCUCCACUGCCACCUCCUCCCCCACUUCCAGGGAUGCCGAUGGCUUUUCGUGCUCCUGUUCCUCCACCACUCCCUCCAGGAUUUCUUGGAGUACACCGAUCUCCUCCUCCAUUAACACUGCCAUUUGGAUUGAAACCAAAAAAGGAAUUCAAACCUGAAGCCACCAUGAAAAGACUGAACUGGUUAAAGAUCAGACCUCAUGAAAUGACUGAAAACUGUUUCUGGUUAAAAGCAAAUGAGAACAAAUAUGAGAACACAGACUUGCUCUGUAAACUUGAAAAUACAUUUUGCUGUCAGAGAAAAGAGAAAAAGGAAGAGGAGGAUUUUGCAGAGAAGAGAGCAAUAAAGAAACGAAUUAAAGAACUGAAAGUUCUAGAUUCCAAAAUUGCCCAGAACCUUUCAAUCUUUCUGGGUUCUUUUCGUGUGCCUUAUGAAGAAAUAAAAAUAAUGAUAUUGGAAGUAGAUGAAACACAAUUGGCAGAGUCUAUGAUUCAGAACUUAAUAAAGCACCUGCCAGAUCAGGAGCAGCUGAAUUCACUGUCUAAGUUCAAGAAUGAAUAUAAUAAUCUAUGUGAACCAGAACAAUUUGCAGUUGUGAUGAGUACAGUAAAAAGACUACGACCACGUCUGAGUGCCAUUCUCUUUAAACUCCAAUUUGAGGAGCAGGUGAACAGCCUCAAACCAGACAUCAUGGCUGUCAGUGCUGCUUGUGACGAGAUAAAGAAGAGCAAAAGCUUCAGCAAGUUAUUGGAACUUGUGUUGCUAAUGGGAAACUACAUGAAUGCAGGCUCCCGGAAUGCCCAGACUUUUGGGUUCAACCUUAGCUCUCUCUGCAAACUGAAGGACACAAAAUCAGCAGAUCAAAAAACAACAUUGCUCCAUUUUCUAGCUGAAGUAUGUGAGGAAAAGUAUCCAGAUAUUCUAAGUUUUGUUGAUGAUCUGGAGCAUAUAGACAAAGCUAGCAAAGUCUCUGCAGAAAACCUGGAGAAGAACUUGAAGCAGAUGGGAAGGCAACUUCAGCAGCUUGAGAAGGAUUUGGAUUCCUUUCCUUCCCCUGAGGACAAGCAUGACAAGUUUCUAACAAAGAUGUCCAGUUUUGUGAUCUCUGCAAAGGAGCAAUUCCAAAAACUUUCAAGAAUGCAUGAAAACAUGGAAAAAUUGUACCAGAGCAUAAUGGGCUACUAUGCUAUUGACAUGAAGAAGGUGUCUGUGGAGGAAUUUUUUACUGAUUUAAAUAACUUCAGAACUAUGUUCAUGCAAGCAAUGAAGGAGAACACCAAACGAAGAGAAGUUGAGGAAAAAGAGAAACGUGCCAGGAUAGCCAAGGAAAUAGCAGAAAGAGAAAAAGCAGAACGUCAACAAAAAAAGAAAUGCUUGAUAGAAAUGAAAACGGAGGGUGAUGAGACAGGAGUGAUGGAUAGUCUGCUGGAGGCCUUGCAAUCAGGUGCUGCUUUCCGAGACCGAAGAAAAAGGACACCCCGGCCUAAAGAUAUCCGACAAAGUCUCAGUCCGAUCUCACAGAGGCCUGUUCUGAAAGCUUGUAACCAUGAGAACCAGAAGAAGCAACUGGUGGAAGUAUCCCAUUCCCGCCGCAAACUCAAUUGCAACUCAAGCAGGACUCCUGUUGCCAAGGAACUUAAUUAUAAUCAAGACACUCAUUCAUCCACAGUGAGGAUCAAGGAUAUUGGGAAGAAGGAGACCUGUAACAUAGAAGGCACCAAAGAAAAGGAAAUGGAGCUUCUUGGCUCUGUUUCUAAAACUGAAUCACUUCCUGAAGUGGAGGCCCUGCUGGCAAGACUUCGAGCUUUAUGAAUUCAGUUGAUAAAAAUGAAUAAGCACACUAUAAUGCCAUACUGUGCUUGGCUGCAACACUUUUUUAAAUGCCUUACUUUUGUAUAACUGGCAUAUAGUUAUGCAUUUGAAAGUAUAUCACAAUUUUAUCUAAAAUUCAUACUUGCAAUGCUUUUGCUGUAUGUUUGAGACCUUGUGCAAAACUAUAAUUGGCUUAAUGCCUUUUGGUUGACAAUCUGUUCUACUAUAGUUGGAAAGAGAGAUUGAAUUAUAUAUAAUAUUCUAGUGAACAGGUGGGUGACUACUCUACUCAGCAAUGUUUUUUUAAAGAAAAUAUAUGAUAUGCCUGCAGGUCUAAAUAAUUAUAUUUGGUUUGUUGUCUAUGGCUAGUUCAAUGAAUCACAAAUCUCAGAACUCAAGUCUUGUUGUAUACAUGCAUGUAUAUUUGUAUUUAUAUAUGUCCAAGUUCUUUUUGUAGUUAUGAUCUGCAUUCUCUCAUUGUAACAUCAGAAAUAUUAAGUAGACAUAUAAAAUGACUAGUAGACACAUUAUAAUCAUUGCUGAAUUCAGGCUGAUUAGAUUCUUCAAAACAGUAAGGUAUAUUAAGCCCACUGCAAAUAUAUAAUGUAUGAAGACUAUAUGAUAUAUUACUUAAGCUUGUACACAAUGCAGAUGCAUUUAUAUAAAAUGAAUAUAUCUUAUACCAAACUUUUGCUGCUGAAAUCUUAUAUCUGUUCUGGAAGACUUUUUUUAGCUUUCAAUCAUGGCUGAGGUACAAAAUUAUCAUUUUGUAAUUUCCCAACUGUGUGGGUUUUUUUGUUUUUUGGGUUUUUAUUUUUUAUGUCAUGAGCUAACAGUAUUGCAGGUUUUAUAAACUACAUGACCAUCAGUAACUUUUACAGAUAGAUUUCAAUGAAUAGGUUUCCUUUUAAAAAUGUUUUACAUAAAAAUAGGGGCACUGCUGCUCUGUUAAUUUCUCAUCAAAGAAAAUAAACUUCUUGCACUAAA